GCUACAUCUCGCUUCAACAAGCAUUAAAACUGGUACAAAUCAUGAUUGGAGCAGGCAAGGUUGAGAAGCGGAACCGACCGCCAAAGUCCUGCGAGCCGUGUCGGACACGAAAGUUGAAGUGUAAUAGGAGUCUACCUUGCGACUCAUGCAUCAAAAGGAACAAGCAAACGCUCUGCCACUAUGCUUCCAACGCUGACAGACACGAUAAGCGCGGCGAGAAGAAUGAAUCUGUUGCUGAUCGGCUCAAGAACCUGGAGAGUCUGAUUGCUACGGUGGCUCAGGAGAGCCAGAAGAAAGAUUCAUUGUCUGCGCUUUCUCUCAAUGAGAACUCACUUCAAAAGGAAUAUCAAAUACCGAGUCCAAGAAAUGCUCAGCCUUCUCAAAACUUCAGAUCAGAGGCUGUCGCUCACAACGACGACAACAUCGCCAGCGGCCUCGUGGGCCAAGUCGACUCGAGCCACUGGUCGUCUAUCCUCGAGAACAUCAGAGCCAUUCGUGAUGAGUUACCUGCCGCUAGCCCGCAGACCUCGACUCUCAGUUCAGUUACCCUGAAUAAUGAGGUGUCUACGAGUGAGGCAGACUUUGACAUGGGAUCUCCCGACGGCCUGUCAAUUGAGCAUAUCUUAUCAGCCUUGCCGCCACGACACGUUUGUGAUACACUGGUAUCUGUAUUCUUCCUGUCGCACUACGCCAUGAUGCCUAUCCUGCAUCCGAAAAAGUUCCAACAAGAGUAUGAAUCGUUCUGGGACUCGCCAUCAGAAGCCUCCCCGGUGUGGAUCGCACUACUCCUAGCUCUUCUCAGUCUAUCAGCAGGCGUCUACGAAAUCUCAGGAAUGGCCCGCUCCUCUCGAAUUCCAAUCCCCUCCAGCAAAACUCUCUCCAAGAAAACUCAAGAAUGCCUCCUCUUGAGCAACUACACUGCUGCCACUGAACACGCCGUCGAAGCUUUUCUCCUACUUCUCGUCGGAUGCUGGCUUCGCGCCAAGGUUUCAGACACCAAUCUCUGGUUCCUCAUGGGUAAGGUAGUGCAACUUGCGAUCUGCAAAGGUUACCAUCGAGAUUCGACAAAGGUACCAGGCUCCAGGAUUUCUCCGUUCGACGGGGAGAUGAGGAGACGAGUCUGGGUCUGUUUGUACCAGCUUGAUUCUCUAAUGUCGUUCCAGAUGGGUCUGCCAAGCAUGAUACCAUCGGACUUUUGCGAUACAGAGUUGCCGAGGAACUUGAACCAAUCGGACUUUUACCCUGGUAUCGCGGAACUGCCUCCGUCUAGACCUCUUUCUGAGAAUACGACUAUCUCUUAUGCCAUCGUAAAAGCUUCUGUAAUGGCAAUGUUCAAGAAAGUGGUCAGACAUACACGGUCACUUACGCCACCGUCGUACGAAGAGACAGUUGCACUGGACGCUGAAGUCCGGGCAGCCUACGACAAAAUAUCCGAUAGCUUCAAGUACAAACCACUCACUAGCUUCAUCGUUGACGAGGUCAGUAUCAUAAUGAGCAGAACUACCAUAGAGCUGCUGCACCUCAAGAGCAUUAUCGUUCUUCACCGUCAAUACUUGACAGAUCGACAAGACGGUCGCUUUGCGUUCUCCAGAAAGGCCUCUCUUGAUGCAGCGGAAAGACUACUUGAGAGACAGGCUGAGAUACACCAGAUUACUCUACCAGGUGGCUUGUUGCAUGAUAAGAAGUGGAUGAUCACGUCCUUGACACUAAGUGACUUUACUCUAGCUGCUAUGGUUAUCUGCUUGGAUCUAACCAUAAGUAUACGAAAUGGUACGAGAAUGAGUGCCUAUCUCGAGGAUGUCGAGUUACGCAAAUAUCUGGUGAUUGUCGAAAGGGCCCAUGAAAUAUGGUCCAGUUCGUCAGAAACGUCUGAGGGACGAAUAGUUUCUCAUGCCCUAGACUCAACUAUACGGCGAGUCAACGAGUUUAUCAACACGUCAUCAACCGCAAUGGCUGCUCAGAGCUGGCCGGCUUCUGCGACGACAAACACAGAAACACCAGACUAUCUGACGCACAAUUUCGCGGAUCAGAUGGCAGACUUCGACAUGAUUGACAGCAUAGACUGGAGCCUUCUCGAUAAUCAGAUCCAAGAUCCUAGCAGUAUACAAGACUUCGCUCUAGACAUGUGGCUUAUGGACACGGCUGGGCCUUUGGAAUCUCUGUGAUGAUUGGUGUCAGAUGGUUUCUCCGAGAAGUGGCGUUGCUGAAGGAUUCGUGACUGAGAUUCGAGGCACGCGUAACGGAUAUUGUGGCUUGCGGCUGAAGACCAGAGGGCAUAACUCGAAGAACGGACGGCCCGAGGCCCUCCCUUCUCAGCCGUUCACUUGUUUCAGAUUAUCGAGAGGCCAAAUCGAAUGCCACUUUGGACAAUCCGUGGCAUGGUAUGGUCGACCUACCGAGUAAUUUCGCCACCAUACAACGGAGUCGAGGCGCCAGAUAGGUAUUCAUCCAGGGCAAUGCAUUGAUUAGGGCUUCUUACUGGCUCAACGUUGGAGCUAUAUAUGCAUGUCUCAGAAUCAUGGAAGAUAGUCAUCCAAAUUCGUCAAAUGUGGCUGACAUGGUUGAAGCUGAGCUGCUACUCCGGCUGGCUGAACGCGUGCCAGCCAAGGUCAGGGAGUCAAGGCGCGAUUAACGAGAAUUUAAUUCGGAAAUUCAAUAAUGAACUUGAGAGGGCCAAUUCAUGAUGGCUUCAAGUUUCGUUCUUGCUGUUAAUUCC